ACUUUGCUAGGACUCCCAUAACAAAAUGCCCCAGACUGGGCAGCUUAACAGACUGGGCAGCUUAAACAACAGACGUUUAUAGUUUCUCCUAGUCCUUCCAGGCAGCUGGAAGUCUUAGAUCAAGGUGUGGGCAGGGCUGGUUCCUCCUGAGGCCUCUGUCCGUGGCUUGCAGACACUGUCUUCUCCCUGUGUCCUCACAGAGUUGUCCCUCUGUGCGUGUCUGUGUCCUAGUCUCUUCUUAUGAGGACCUGUCAUACCGGAGGGCCCUCCUUUAUGACCUCAUUUUACUCUCACCACCUCUUUGAGGGCCCUGCUUCCAAACACAGUCGCAUGCUGAGGUCCUGGGCUUUUGGACCUCAGCAUGGGACUUCUAGGGGACCCCGUUCAACACAGCACUUAGGAAACAGCAGAGCUGAGUGGCAGGACUCCUGUGGUGUUGGCAGUGUCUGUAUCUGUAUCUGUGCUGCCUGAUGUGGGAACCACCAGUCACAUGUGGCUACUGAGUGCUUGAAAUUUGGCCAGUGUCCCGGGACAUGAAAUUUUAAUUUUUAAAACUUUAAUUACAUUGAAAUUUACAUAGUCAGAUGUGGCAAGUGGCUACCCUAUUGGACAGUGUGAGUGAGCAGUCUCAGGUUUUCCUAAUUUGUAGGUUCACGUACAUUUCUAGCAGUGGAAACCCUGCAGCCCCCUCUGCUGGCAUAUUCUAGAGUUGUCCCCCACCUGGGGUGAAUGUGUUCUCCUCUGGGCCCUGAAUGCCCAUUCUCCUUUGUGACACAGCAUAGGCGGUGACUGCAUCUCAUGGUAACCCUCACGAAGGUAGCUCAGAGGUCUCCAAGCUGCACGGCCUCGUCCUCUGCCCCACCUUCGGCCUCUGUGUCUCCCACGCUGGCUCCCUAGACGGAGCUCAUUUGUUUAAUGAGCAGUGAUUUGGAGUGGGACCAGCCAGCAUGUUCUGUGAGUGGCCAGCGUGAGGUGCUCUGCCUUCCCGCUGCGGUGGGCAGGAGAGAGCGGUGGUGUCUGCUGCACGCGUUUGGCAUGGAUUCUAAACUGCCUUCCUCGGUUCGCAGUACACUUCUGGAACUGUUUGGUCAAAUAGAAAGAGAGUUUGAAAACCUUUAUAUUGAAAACUUAGAAUUACGUAGAGAAAUCGACACUCUUAAUGAACGUUUAGCUGCUGAAGGACAAGCGAUUGAUGGAGCAGAGCUGAGUAAGGGCCAACUCAAAACAAAAGCCAGUCACAGCACCAGCCAGCUCUCCCAGAAACUGAAGACCACUUACAAGGCUUCCACCAGCAAGAUUGUCUCCAGCUUUAAGACCACGACAUCACGAGCUGCCUGCCAGCUCGUGAAGGAAUACAUCGGCCACCGGGACGGCAUCUGGGAUGUCAGCGUGGCCAGGACACAGCCAGUGGUGCUCGGGACUGCGUCGGCCGAUCACACGGCUUUGCUGUGGAGCAUAGAGACAGGGAAGUGCCUAGUCAAGUACGCAGGCCACGUGGGCUCAGUAAAUUCUAUCAAAUUUCAUCCCUCAGAGCAGUUGGCUCUCACUGCUUCUGGAGAUCAGACUGCUCAUAUCUGGAGAUACGCGGUGCAGCUGCCGACACCCCAGCCUGUUGCUGACACUAGUCAGAUAUCUGGGGAAGAUGAAGUAGAGUGCUCUGACAAGGAUGAGCCCGACCUCGAUGGGGACGUGUCCAGCGACUGCCCCACCAUCCGCGUCCCGCUGACAUCCCUCAAGAGCCACCAGGGCGUGGUCAUCGCCGCUGACUGGCUGGUUGGGGGGAAGCAGGCUGUGACUGCCUCCUGGGACCGGACGGCAAACCUGUACGACGUGGAGACGUCUGAGCUUGUUCAUUCUCUGACAGGGCACGACCAGGAGUUGACGCACUGCUGCACACACCCUACCCAGCGGCUCGUGGUGACUUCUUCCCGCGACACGACUUUCCGCCUCUGGGAUUUCAGGGACCCCUCCAUCCACUCGGUGAAUGUUUUCCAGGGACACACGGACACUGUGACCUCUGCUGUGUUCACCGUGGGAGACAACGUGGUUUCAGGCAGCGAUGACCGCACGGUGAAAGUCUGGGACUUGAAAAAUAUGAGAUCCCCUAUUGCAACUAUUCGCACGGACUCUGCCAUUAACAGGAUCAAUGUAUGUGUCGGCCAAAAAAUCAUAGCCCUCCCCCAUGACAACCGACAAGUGAGACUGUUUGAUAUGUCAGGAGUGCGCCUGGCACGGCUUCCCCGGAGCAGCCGACAGGGUCACAGGAGAAUGGUGUGCUGCUCGGCAUGGAGUGAAGACCACCCCGUGUGCAAUCUGUUCACCUGUGGGUUUGACCGGCAAGCCAUUGGUUGGAACAUCAACAUCCCUGCAUUGCUACAAGAAAAAUAAGGACACCGGCAGUCCUUAGUUUCACUCUUCGCCAGCACAGACCUUUGAUGGGUGCAGGCUUUUCUGCAUAUUAAUCAGCCAUUUUGUGAGAGUUUGACCCUGGGAAGGGUGCUUUGUAUAUGUUCUUUUCACAUAGUGCCCAGCUUGCAUGAAAUGUACAGAGAAAUGUGUGGUCGUAUUUUUUACUUUUGUCUUGUAUAUGUGUGUGUAUUGGGUCCUCUGGGCAGUAGAGGCGAAGCUCACCUCCCAUGUAGCACAUGAAAUGCUUGUGAGUUGUUGACAUUGGACAGGUGAACAGUAGGGCAUUACAUUUGUGUGAAUUACAUGUGAACCUCUGUAUUACGUUGCGGCCUCAGCAGUCCUGCGUUCCCUGAAGUAACUGUAUGUAUCUGCCUGUGCUGGGAAGACUGUGGGGCUGCCUGUGUUGGCUGGUGACCAGCAGGAUCGCUCUGGGAGUUUGUGUUUACCUCGCGUGAAGUUCAGCACGUGCUGUCGUGUAGUCAGCUUCCACUCUGAUUUCUGUUACAGUUCUGCAAAGGUAACCUGGAGUUGAGAAGUUAAAAAAAAGCAUGGGAUGUUGGAUUUGCACCAUUUGGAGUUUCUUUAGGAAAGAAAAGUUUUCUGCUUUUUUAUAGAAAAUCAUUUCAAUCUCCUGAGCUCUCAUCCUAGCAAAUUUUGAAAUAGGAUUCUAAUCACCGAUUUCAAAUAUUAAGCAAAAUGUAAAGCACUUUAAUUUAUAGCUAUGGUUAUAAACAGGCUUUAGAUGUUUCAAAUGACUUGUCCAUUGAAUGUGACUUGACCUUGAUAAGAGGCCCUGCCGCCUGCACACAGAGCCCAGUUAAUUCUCCGCACCUCGGUCGUGUGCUUCCGAAUGGGCUCACUCCCGUGGUGGUGUUUGAGAGCCAACAACACUACCUCAGAGACGGGUCUUUGGGAAACUUUGGGUCUCACUGUUGCCUGGCUGGAGCACUUUGGUUUAUAGCUGGAAUACUGAGUUCAGUUCAGAAGGCAGGAAAGACAGUCACACCGACGUGUCCUGAAGGUGUAGGCUCUCCACUUAGGCGCACAAGCUGAUGGCCGCAGCCAGCAGGCCCCGGUGACGAGACACUUCCAGCCCCCAUGGUGGGGACGCCUCUCAGUGCCAGUCCCGCUACUGCUGAGGUAGCCUGGUGUUCUUGCCUUCUUGGAAAAUACUGCUCACCUGGUAUCUGUAUGUUAAUGUUUCUUGCUGAGUUACGGUUUUGAUAAAGAGGCUCUCAUUUCUUGCCUCUUGUAUUUUCAGUCCUUUCAAUAUGUCCACCUGGAGGCUCACCACUUGGAGAGACAGAGGAAGGUAAUAUUUGCAGCUGUCAUGUGACACCCCCAGGUCUUUGUGUUUUGCCCCGUUUUAUGGUGAGGUAGGAGGGAACCCAUCUGGUGACUGGUAGAUGCAGGUGCAUUAGGACGUGGGACUUUUGGACCCAUCCUUUGGUGCAGCUCGCCAGGGCUGAGAGGCACCUCCCUACUUGGGUCUUCAGGAGCUGGCCCGAGGAACUUUGAAUCUAAGUCAUCUAGAAUGACUCUGAAAUGACUGACAGCCUGGGGCCCAAGAAUAACUGAUAACGACCUCAGAUGGAUCUGACGUGGCUGAGGGACAAACAGCAAAUAUUUCAGUCAUUUGAUUUUACAGAUAAAAAAUGUGUUGUAUUUUUGUCCGACAUUGUUUCCUGACUGCACUGUUCUGAGAACGGAGCCUACCUGGUCCCUCUGGUUGAUUAGACUCUCAGGUUUCAGCUCCUGCUGUCCUGAGCGAACUUGCCUGAUGCAGGGCUGUGCUGUGUCCAGAUGUUGCUGGGGCCUCGCUUUUCUCUUGGCCGGAGGUCCAAUUCCCAGAGCCUCCCGCACUGCACAUGCAAAGGUCUGAGCCCAGGGCAGCUUCUGGGGCCACUGCACAGGCCGCCUGCUUGGGUUCCUCGGGGUUUAAUUUGAAAGUCUGGGUGUUUUAGGAUGAUGGUUAGGAACAUUGAAAAAUGGCUGCAAAUAGCCAAAUCCAGAUCUCUGCCAGAUUAAACAUUUUUGAGGCUUUUAAAAAUCAAUAUUCCUAGUGGUCAUUGAGUUCCAGGCACACUGGUGCCCUUCACUGCCACAGCUGCUCACCUUCUCCAGCGAACUGGAGGGACCUCAGAAACUGGAUUCCUGCACGUCCUUCGGGGCGCAGCCCUGCGGUGCUCAGGCACAGCUCUCAGGAGCGGGGGCGCCUUGCUGUUCGCUGCUGUGUCAUCUUCUAAUGUGAGCUCAUCCACUGCUGCUGCAGCGUGUUAAUCAGGAGUCACAGACAAGAUUGGGGAUGGUGCGUGUAUGUGCGUGUGCAUGUGUGUGUGGCUAAAUUAAGUCAUACUGUCAACCACAUGUGAUCUCGUGUGAAACAGUGUUUGGAAGUGGGAACAGGUUUGUCCUGUAUGCUGAUGUGUCCAGAAUUUCAUUUAAUGAUAGACAGAAAAUGUGUGGUUACUGAAAAGUGUGUAUCAAUACAGGAUUUCUUAACAGCCAUGCUGUUGGGCAAAACAACUCUUUUUCAACCACUGCUCAUCAGUUUCAGUAGAGACAAAAACUCUGUACAUAUUUUGGAAUCUGAAGAAUCCUCUAUAAAUCAUUUGUUACUUAAAUCUGUGAAAAACAUGUUUCUUUGGAGGAAAAUGUAUGCAUUUAUAAGUGUUCUGUGGAAUCAGUUUUUAUUGUAUUGAUAUAAUUGUCUCUAAGUGUUGAGUGUCUUCAUUGCAAUAUGAAAUUCAUUAAAAUGUCCAUGUUCCAUAAUUAUUAUUAUAAAAGCUUUGUGUUAUUGGGAGUCUUUUAUUAUUUUUACAGUUUUUCAUGUUUUGCUUUGGUGAAACAUUGUGAAUGACUAUAUAAAUAUCACGAUGACCUAGAAAUUGAACAAAUAUAAUACUGGUCACUCGAAAAAUUUUCAGGCUUAAAAAAUCAGUUGUGUUUUCUAUCUAUCUCUUAUGUUAACAUUCAACAAUAUAUAAUUAUGCUGCUUCAUCCCUCAUCAGGACCCUGAAAACUUUCAAAGGGGUUAACAGUUUGACACAAUUUUUGGUAAAGUUCCUCAGUACAAAAAAAAUGCUCAUACUGUUCUCAUUGCAGUAAGCUUGUUUGAAAGUUAAAAAACAAACAAAAAAAAAGUUACAGAAAGUGGUGCCAUUUUCUGUGGGAGAAUGCAAACCAGAUUGGGAGUGGCUCCUGGAGGCUCCUGGUGCAUGGCCAUGUCCGACCCACGCAUGGAGGCUGAGACUGUGGCUGAGGCCAUGCCUGAAGCUGAGGCCGAGGCUGAGACCAGGGCUGGUGCUGUGGCUGUGGCUGAGGCUGAGGCCUAGGCUGGGCGCCUGGGGCUGGGGCUGAGGCGGAGGCGGAGGCCUUGGCUGAGGCUUUGGCCGAGGCUGAGACCAGGGCUGUGGCUGUGGUGGUGGCCGUGGCUGAGGCUGAGGCCGAGACUGCUGUGGUCUCAGCAGGUGGAGAGUCUGGGAGGAUUCUUGCUUGAGCAGAUAGUGGCUCCUUCACACUGGCAAGGCCACUGCCUAAGCUGCAUUAGUGCUGGGAGUAUCUUCACACCCAGAAAGGCAGACCAUUUCUCCACUGGUUACUUAACUUUCCUACCUUCCUCCUUAAAUAGCCUGUGAUUAUUGUCUAAAUUUCAUAAUGUUACAUCUUCAGUGAAUUUAAAAGUUCAUGCUCUAUUAAUAUCAAGAAUCCUGAUAGAAACGCUUACACAUUGCUGUGAUUUCACCAAAACGCCAGGGCACUGGUCUCCCUUACUAUCCAUAGGUUUACUGUUUUUCCCUAAUAACUUAGAAUUUUAAAAAUUAUGCUAAAAUUUGGGAACACCUGAAUUUAUUAUAUGUAACAUAUACAGUUCAUCUUAUAGUGGGAAGAAGCUGAAAAUGAAAUUAGCUAAAAGUCUUGUGUGACUUUAUUUUAUUAAAAAAAUUUUCUUUUGA